UAAACUAAAAUUCAUCUCUCUUCCAAGUUCCAACCAUCCCCCCCUUCUCUCUCCUCUUGCCGCUAUUGAUCAAAGCGCAUGGAAGCCAUGAAACUCUUCCUUAGUCAGCAGUUAAAACCCUAGACUUCCACGGCGAAUUAAAACCUUGAUUUCUCCAAAGACGGUAAUGGAGACUGUAGAUGAAGACUUGCCGUCCUCUCAGUCCCGGCCCGAACCGAAGGGCGUCCAUUAUCUGGCAAAGUGCGUGCUCAGGGGCAGUGCAGUUCUCCAGGCCGUUCAUGGACAUUUUCGCUCUUCAUCCUCCUUCGACGUCGUUUUUGGAAAGGAAACAUCACUAGAGCUAGUAAUAAUUGGUGAAGAUGGAGUUGUACAGUCAGUUUCUGAACAGACUGUAUUUGGCACAAUAAAAGAUCUUGCUGUUGUACGCUGGAAUGAAAAGUUCCAUACACCAAAUCCACAGUUGCUGGGAAAAGAUCUUUUGGUUGUUCUUUCUGAUUCUGGAAAGCUUUCUUUCCUUGCAUUUUGCAAUGAGAUGCACAGGUUCUUUGCAGUUACACAUGUUCAACUUUCCCAUCCUGGAAAUGCAAGACACCAACUUGGAAGAAAGUUAGCUGUUGAUUCCAAUGGCUGUUUUAUUGCUGCUAGUGCAUAUGAAGAUCGAUUGGCGUUGUUUUCUGUUUCUAUAUCGGCUAGCAGCAAUAUUGUCAAUAAGAAAAUAUUUUAUCCACCUGAACAUGAAGGAGACACAAGCAAGGCAAUAGGUAUUCAAAGAACCAGUAUUUGCGGUGUUAUAUGGAGCAUGUGUUUCAUUUCAAAAGAUGCUAGUCAAGUCAGUUGGAACGAAUGCAGUCCUAUUCUAGCAAUUGUUCUGAAUAGGAAGGGAUCAAUCCUAAAUGAGCUCUUGUUAUUGGGAUGGAAUACCAAGGAACACACUAUUCAUGUUAUUUGUCAGUAUACUGAAGCUGGGCCGACAGCAUUUGACAUUGUUGAAGUUCCUCAUGCUAAUGGCUUUGCAUUUCUAUUCCGGGAUGGUGAUGCUCUUUUAAUGGAUUUUAGGAAUCCUGUCAAUCCAUGCUGUGUUUAUAGAACAACUUUAAGUCUUCUACCUACUUCAACGGAGGAGCGCAAUUCUGUUGAAGAACCAUGCAGAGGACUUGAUGUUGACGAUGAAGGUAUUUUUAAUGUUGCUGCCUGUGCUUUACUAGAGCUGAGAGAUUCACGAAUAGAAAUGAUUAAAGGAGAUGACCCUAUGAGUAUAGAUAAUGAAACCGACAAAAUAAAUUCUAACCCCAAACGGGUGAACUCAUGGAGUUGGGAACCAGGAAACAUAAGAAAUUCAAGGAUGAUUUUUUGUUUGAAUACAGGAGAACUAUUUAUGGUUGAUAUUUCUUCUGAAUCUGAUGGUAUUAGGGUUAAUUUAUCAGAUUGCCUUUACAAAGGUCCACCUUGCAAGGCACUCUUAUGGGUUAAGGGUGGAUUUGUUGCUGCACUUGUGGAGAUGGGGGAUGGAAUGGUCCUCAAAUUGGAAAAUGGAAAGCUACUUUAUAGUAGUCCCAUUCAAAACAUUGCACCAAUCUUAGACAUGGCUUUUGUGGAUUACCAUGAUGAGAAACAGGAUCAGAUUUUUGCUUGCUGUGGUAAGGCUCCAGAGGGAUCAUUAAGGGUUAUUCGAAGUGGUAUUAGUGUAGAAAAGCUUCUGAGCACUGCUCCUAUUUAUCAGGGCAUAACUGGUAUAUGGACAAUGAGAAUGAAAGUAACUGAUUCUUACCAUUAUUUUCUUGUGUUAUCAUUUGUUGAAGAAACCAGGGUACUGUCUGUUGGUUUGAGCUUUACUGAUGUGACUGAUGCAGUUGGUUUCCAGCCUGAUGCCUGUACAUUGGCAUGUGGCCUGGUGGGUGAUGGUUUGCUGAUCCAGAUCCAUAGAAAUGCAGUGAGACUUUGUUUGCCCACAACAGCUGCUCAUCCAGAUGGCAUUCCUUUAUCUGCACCAAUUUGUACAUCUUGGUCCCCUGAGAAUGUGAGUAUAAGUUUGGGGGCAGUUGGGCAUCAGCUGAUAGUUGUGGCUACCUCUAGUCCUUGCUUUUUAUUUGUUCUUGGGGUUAGAUCAUUUUCUUCGUAUCAUUAUGAGAUAUAUGAGAUGCAACAUGUAAGGCUGCAGAAUGAAUUAUCUUGCAUAUCCAUCCCACAAAAAAAAUUUGCAUAUGAAUCAUCAGCUUUACGCAAUACUUCAGUAGGUAACAUUUAUGGAACUGGCCUACCAGUUGGGGUCGAGAUUGGUUACACAUUUGUAAUAGGUACCCAUAAACCAUCAGUGGAAGUUCUCUCAUUUGUCCAUGAUAAGGGCCUAAGAAUUCUUGCUACAGGGGUAAUUUCAUUGAUGAAUACUCUGGGAACUGCUAUCAGUGGUUGUAUCCCUCAAGAUGUUAGGCUUGUUUUAGUUGAUCGACUGUACAUUGUUUCAGGAUUAAGGAAUGGAAUGCUGCUCCGGUUCGAGUGGCCUUCAAUCUCCACAGUAUUUCCUUCAGACUUGCCUGGCCAAAACCCUUUUGUUAGUUCCUGCUUUGAGAACGUGACUGCUUCUAUAUCAAAUAUGCAACCUUCAAUUUCUGUUGGGCCUCAAUGUUGUGCUGGUGAUAUGUCUGAAAAAGUGGAGGAGAAUGUUCCUGUUCAUCUGGAGUUAAUUGCUAUUCGUCGCAUUGGUGUAACUCCUGUUUUCCUGGUUCCUUUGAGUGAUUCUCUUGAUGCAGAUAUAAUUACACUUAGUGAUAGGCCUUGGUUAUUGCAAACUGCAAGGCACAGCCUUUCAUAUACAUCAAUCUCAUUUCAACCUGCAACUCACGUUACACCUGUAUGUUCUGUUGAAUGUCCUAAAGGAAUUUUAUUUGUUGCAGAGAACAGCCUGCAUCUGGUGGAGAUGGUGCACAGUAAGAGGCUUAAUGUGCAGAAGUUUUACAUUGGAGGCACCCCACGGAAAAUUCUAUAUCACAGUGAAAGCAGAUUAUUGCUUUUGAUGAGGACUGAUCUAAGUUCUGAGUUGAGUUCAUCUGAUAUUUGCUAUGUAGAUCCUCUAAGUGGUUCAUUGCUUUCAACAUUUAAGCUUGAACCUGGAGAAAUAGGAAAAUCCAUGCAGUUGGUGAAGGUCGGAAAUGAACAGGUCUUGGUGGUUGGAACAAGUCAGUCUACUGGUCCAGCUAUAAUGCCCAGUGGUGAAGCUGAAAGUACCAAAGGGCGUCUACUUGUUCUCUGUCUCGAGCACUUUCAGAAUUCAGAUAGCAGUUCAUUAGUAUUUUGUUCCAAGCCAGGCUCAUCUUCUCAACUAACUUCACCUUUUCGUGAAAUUGUUGGGUAUGCCACUGAGCAGCUAUCAAGUAGUAGUCUUUGCAGCAGCCCGGAUGAUAAUAGUUGUGAUGGUGUUAAACUUGAAGAAACUGAAGCAUGGCAGUUACGCUUAGCAUAUCAGACCCCAUUAGCUGGGAUGGUACUUGCUGUUUGUCCAUAUCUGGAGCGUUACUUCUUGGCUGCUGCUGGAAAUACUUUGUAUGUAUAUGGUUUCCUGAAUGAGAAUCCUCAGCGGGUGAGAAGGCUUGCUCUGGGGAGGACGCGCUUUGCCAUAACAUGUUUGACUACACAAUUUAACAGGAUUGCAGUUGGUGAUUGUCGUGAUGGCAUCCUUUUCUAUACCUAUCAAGAGGAUCUUAGGAAAUUAGAGCAGCUUUACUGUGAUCCAGUACAGAGACUGGUGGCUGACUGCACUCUUGUGGAUAUGGAUACUGCUGUUGUCUCAGAUCGCAAAGGGAGCAUUGCUGUCUUAUCAUCAACAGAUCAUUUAGAAGAUAAUGCAAGCCCAGAAUGCAAUUUAAACUUAAGUGGUUCAUAUUACAUAGGAGAGAUAGCCAUGAGCAUCAGAAAAGGGUCGUUUUCUUAUAAAGUUCCAGCAGACGAUGUAAUGAAGGGUUGUGAUGGUGCUGGGUCAAUACUUGACUCACCACACAACACUAUUGUGGCUAGUACACUCUUAGGAAGUGUAAUGAUCUUCAUUCCUAUCUCAAGGGAAGAACAUGAUCUCCUGGAAGCUGUGCAAGCUAGACUUGUGGUUCACCCACUAACUGCUCCUAUCCUUGGCAAUGACCAUAAUGAGUUCCGCGGGCGUGAAUCAUCGGCUGGCACACCUAAGAUACUUGAUGGGGACAUGCUAGCUCAGUUCUUGGAGCUUACAAGUAUGCAACAAGAGGCUGUAUUAGCAUUACCACUUGGCUUUACAAAUGCAGGAACAUCAAGGUCAAAGCCUCCUCGCUCACCUAUCCCUGUUAAUCAGGUUGUCCGAUUGCUUGAACAAGUCCAUUAUGCCCUCAACUAAGCCCUUUUCUGAAUCCGGUCAUGCUUGCUUAAGUCAAAGCCAUCAGUAUGGUGUAAACUUCCAGCUUCAGGAUCUAUUUUGCAUGAGCAAGGAAGUCCACCCGCCAGGCUCAAUGUAUGUAUACAGGUGUUAUAAACAGAUUAGAGCUUCCAAAAAUAUUAGGACCCAAACCACUUGAACGGGGUCAUUGUUGGAAUCAGGUUUCCUGCUUACAAGGCCAAAAGCAUUGCAAUUUUCAUGCAGCUGCUGCACAGGGAAAGUUUUUCACUGAUGAUGGCAAAUUACCAUCACUUUGUAUGUAACCAAAUAUCUAAAUUAUAUAUUGUAUUAGGUGAAAUUUUGUACCUACGGUAUGAUGGAAAAUCAAUGCGAAUCUCAGCUUGCGCUUUGCGCUGAAGUACACAUGUCUUGUAAAGUUUCUGACUGCUGAACUAUAAGCAACAGCCAUAAAGUAUUCAAAUUAUGAAAUUAAUCUUUAACCGUCGAGGGAAAAACGGACGGCUGGAUUGCACUUGUUCCAA